GUCCCUUUUUGUUGCGCGCGGGACGCCCAUCCGAGCCCUUCCUUCCCCCCAAACUUAUCCACUUCCUCCUCCCUCCCUCACUCACCGCACCUCACUCCAUCCGCAAUCUUCCCUCCUCCUUAUCUCCAUUGCGGUCUUGGAUCACUCUCUCUAACGCACCUCUUCCGCUCAGACUGUCUAGUGUCAAUUCACCUUUCCGCCAUUGCCGCCAUCUUUAUCUCGGAUCUCCGAUCGCUCAUCCACCCAUCUAGAUCGCGCGCCUAAUCUCUAUCCCUUCAACCAUCAGCAACCAUGUCCGCCAAAUUCCAAGAUGAGGCCGUCACCUCCCUGCGGAAAGACACAAAAGAAUUGGUGCACAAAGUCGGCGAGCGACUGACAGGCGGGGGUUAUCUCACUCUCUACCUCCGCCAACUGCAGCAGAACCCGCUGCGCACCAAGAUGUUGACGUCGGGUGUGCUGUCGGGUCUGCAGGAGAUCCUCGCCUCCUGGAUCGCACACGAUGUCAGCAAGCAUGGCCACUACCUCAGCCCCCGCGUACCCAAGAUGGCCCUGUACGGCAUGUUCAUCAGUGCCCCGCUGGGCCAUUUCCUGAUCGGCAUCCUUCAAAAGGUGUUCGCGGGGCGCACCAGCCUGAAGGCUAAGGUGCUGCAGAUCUUGGCUAGCAAUUUGCUCGUCUCCCCCAUCCAAAACGCCGUGUAUCUGACCAGCAUGGCCAUCAUUGCCGGCGCGCGCACCAUCCACCAGGUCCGCGCCACCGUCCGGGCUGGGUUCAUGCCCGUCAUGAAGGUCAGCUGGGUGACCUCGCCCAUUGCGCUGGCGUUCGCGCAGAAGUUCCUGCCCGAGCACACCUGGGUGCCGUUCUUCAACAUCGUUGGGUUCGUCAUCGGCACCUACGUCAACACACACACGAAGAAGAAGCGUCUCGAGGCGCUCCGGAAGCGUUACGACCAGCGUCGUGGUCCCGGCAGCGAGUACGACAAGGGUGACUACCGGUAGAUACUGUAAAUAUGAUAUGUGGACCUCUGACCAUCGCUGGUCGAUCCGGGCAAGGCGGCCAAUAUACCCAUGACGAUUGAGAAGAGUACGGCCAGCAGGCUCUUGCCACGACCUAACCCUCCCUAUGCGCAAUGUGAUAUGUUUAAUUGACAUGCCUUUCCAUGGCUUGUGACGACUGUUCAAGUGUCUAGCUAUGAUGAACACAUAUUGACUAGUAUAGCCAUUUUGAAGUAUAUGCAAGGAUACUGCGAUUCACA